AUGAUAUCCCCACGCGCGCUGCUCCUCGCGGUGCUCUGCCUGUACCUUCACAACUGGGCCGCUCACGCAAUGAACCUGAAGCUUCUAAUGGAUGGAAAAACAUACACCAUGCUAUACGAAUCCAAGAAGGUGAAGUUUUCAGAUCUAGACAUCCUCAACAUAAUGUUCCAUUCGAACCAAGUGAAGCACUGCGGCAACUCGGUCAUUUGUUAUCUUCUCAAAAUAUCAUCCACAGAUAUUGAAAAUAUGAAUUACGUGGUUCGCCAUAUCGACAUUUCAUAUAACCGCCCCCUCAAGUACGAAAAUGUUUAUAAAAUCAUCGGGGGCGUGACUAGCUAUGGUGUCACCUCCAUGAAGAUCACUUUGUAUGGGGUUGGAUCGACUAUGAAAGUGCAGGAGGAAACGAAAGGCGAAGGUGGUGAGGGGAGCGGCGAAGGAAGCAGCGAAGGGAGCAGCGGAGGGAGCAGCGAAGGGAGCAGCGACGGAGCAAGCGACGGAAGCGAUGAGGAAGAUAACCUGAUAACGAUGCUAAAGAUGAAUUUAUUACACGAUAAUACGAAGAAAAGAAAACUAUUGAGGAAGGAGAAAAGCAUCGACAAGUUGCUAAACCAAUUGGGGGAUGAACACGAAAACAUCACUGAAGCGAUUAACAUGAAAAACCCGUUGCUGCAAGAAAUUGCUUCCAAAAAAAAUUGCAUAAACUACUUCUCCGUUGUGUACACUUUGGUGAAAGUAGACAAUAAGGGAGAAAAAUGUGUCAUCGAUGAUGCCUUUAAAAAUAAUCACAUGCCGAUGGAUGAGGAUCAGCUCAACGAAGCUGUUAAAGUAUUUUGUUAG